AACUCUUUACAUCUUAUUAGGUUAAAAUAUUUAUCCGCGAAGAGUUCUGAAGGGUAGCUUGAGCUAUAGAUUGAUAUGCGUACGGUACUCGGCGAUAUUUUGUGGGAGAAGAUACCGAAGAGACAAGAGGGGUAACUUUGAAGCCAUGAAUUGGUGGUGAAGUCACUCUCUUCGGUAGACAGAGUUGGGGUGGCCACAAGCAGAAGCCUGGGCCUCGGCUAGCUAGCGGUAGCUGCUAACUAGCUAAUGACUUCAUCUACUGUAGCCUGUAACAUUGGAAACGUUAAACAGAAAAGAGGAGAACGCCUCAAAUUACUGGCUGCCUGUUGAAUGCGGGACGUGAAAGGCCAUACAUUUUUUGGCCAUGGCUGUAUCAAGACUUGAUCGUUUGUUUAUCCUGCUUGACACCGGAACAACACCAGUAACCAGGAAAGCAGCAGCCCAGCAGCUUGGAGAAGUGGUCAAACUGCACCCGCAUGAACUCAACAACCUCCUAUCAAAAGUCUUGACCUACCUAAGGAGUCCCAACUGGGACACUCGUAUAGCAGCAGGCCAAGCUGUAGAGGCCAUUGUGAAGAAUAUUCCUGAGUGGGACCCGGCACCCAAGCCUAAAGAGGAGUCUUGUGAAGACUUGUCACCAGAGGACUCCUCCUGUGACCGGUUGAGUUUCUACCACUUUGACAUCUCCCGCCUACUCAAACAUGGGGCCUCUCUGCUGGGAUCUGCUGGGGCAGAGUUUGAGCUACAGGAUGACAAAACUGGUGAGAUGGACCCUAAGGAACGCUUGGCUCGCCAGAGGAAGCUUCUUCAGAAGAAGUUGGGUCUGGACAUGGGUGCUGCUAUUGGAAUGGACACAGAGGAGCUGUUCAAUGACGAGGACCUUGACUAUAACUGUCAAUCCACUGGUCUUAGAGCCCAUGGAAGCAAAGCUACAGCUGGAUCCAGCUCCCGCAACCAUGUACCUAUUCAUGCUGCUGAGUUGAUUGACUCAGAGUUCCGGCCAGGCAUGAGCAGUCGUCAGAAGAAUAAGGCUAAGAGGAUGGCUAAACUAGUGGCAAAACAACGAUCCAGAGACAUGGAUCCAAAUGAAAAGAGUAACGAUAGUUUUGAGGGUGAACCUGAAGAGAAAAGAAGAAAAACCACCAAUGUAGUUAUUGACCAACCGGCAACAGAGCAUAAAGUCUUAAUCGACAACGUUCCAGAUAACUCCAAUCUUUUAGAAGAGAUACAUGAGUGGCCUCUGGAGAGUUUCUGUGAGGAGCUAUGCAAUGACCUCUUCAAUCCUUCAUGGGAGGUUCGUCAUGGUGCUGGUACAGGUCUUAGAGAAAUCCUUAAGUCCCAUGGUGCUGGUGGUGGAAAGCUGGUGGGAAGCACUGGAGAACAGAUGUUGCGGCAGCAUCAGGAGUGGAUAGAGGACCUGGUCAUCCGGCUCCUCUGUGUCUUCGCUCUAGACCGCUUUGGGGAUUUUGUAUCUGAUGAGGUGGUGGCUCCUGUCAGGGAAACGUGUGCCCAGACGCUUGGCGUGGCCCUUCGCCACAUGAAUGAAACUGGUGUUUCCAUGACAGUAGAUGUCCUGCUGAAUCUGCUUAAAGAGGACCAGUGGGAAGUCCGUCAUGGAGGGCUGCUAGGGAUCAAAUAUGCCCUGGCUGUCCGACAGGACUUGAUCUCUGUCUUACUGCCCCGGGUGCUCCCGGCCAUCACUGUAGGCCUGCAGGACCUAGAUGAUGAUGUCAGAGCCGUGGCAGCUGCAUCCCUCAUCCCUGUGGUAGAAGGCCUGGUACAGCUACUGCCAAAUAAGGUACCCUUUAUAGUGAACACACUAUGGGAUGCUCUUUUAGACCUGGAUGACCUCACUGCUUCCACCAACAGCAUCAUGACAUUGCUGUCAUCACUGCUCACCUAUCCACAGGUCCGACAGUGCAGCAUGCAGCAGUCACUAACAGUUCUGGUUCCUCGGGUUUGGCCAUUCUUGAGACACACUAUAUCAUCAGUACGACGUGCAGCACUGGAAACCCUUUUCACUCUGCUGUCUAAGGCUGACCAGAGCUGUGCAUUGUGGAUCAACCCCAUCCUACAAGAUAUGCUCCGGCACAUCUUCCAGUCCUGCAUACUGGAGAGCAAUGAGGAAAUCCUUGAACUGAUUCAAAAGGUGUGGAUGGAGCUGCUGUCUCAGGCGCCACAUCAGUACGUGGUAGCAGCCAGCUGUCCAUGGAUGGGUGCCUGGCUCUGUCUCAUGAUGCAGGCCUCACACAUUCCUAUUGACCUGAACAUGCUGCUGGAAGUGAAAGCCCGCUCCAAGGACAAGGCUGGUACAAAGGCACGUCAGGGGACCAAUCAGGUGAAGGAAACGGUCCAGGAGUACAUAGCGGGUGCAGAGACGGUGACAGAUGACCCAGUGACAAGGGACUAUGUAGUGGUGCGAGCUCGCCUCAUGGCUGCCAAAUUGCUCGGGGCUCUGUGUAGGUGUAUCUGUGACCCUCAGCUCAACGCUGCAUCUCAGGAGAUCCGACCAGCUGAGUCUUUAGGCCAUCUGUUGCUCUUCCACCUCAACUCCAAGUCUGCCCUGCAGCGCAUAGCUGUGGCUCUGGUGCUUUGCGAGUGGGCUGCACUGCAGAAGGAUUGUCAGGUGGUGUCAUCCAUGGUACAGCCUCGUCUUCUGGCAAUUCUGUCUGAGCAGUUGUACUAUGAUGAGAUCGCCAUCCCCUUCACACGCAUGCAGAAUGAGUGCAAGCAGCUCAUUGCUUUGCUAGCUGAUGCCCAAAUAGACCUUCAAGACCGCCUCAAUUGUAGUGUUUUCACCAUUGACCAAGCCAAUGAACUGGUAACCACCAUCUUUACAGAGUCAACAGCAGGUCUGAAUGUGAAGUCUAAACAGUGGCAGGCGCUGGACAGUAAACGACAGCAGGCUCAGGCAACAGUGCUGGAGACCAGCACAGAAUGGCAGCAGCUGCAUUUGCGCGUCCACAUGUUCACGGCAUGUGCGGUGAUUAACCUGCAAGUGCUUCCUGACAAGCUCAACCCACUGGUCAGGCCUUUGAUGGAGGCCAUCAAGCGAGAAGAGAACACCUUGAUUCAGGGUUAUGCUGCUUCUUUUAUAGCCAAGCUGUUGCAGCAGUGUGCUGGACGCUCACCAUGCCCCAACCCCAAGAUUAUCAAAAACCUCUGUGCCUCGGCCUGCGUGGACUCUUCGGUCACACCCUCAUCUGCUUGCCCCGUACCCCCCACACAGGAAAAUGCAAAAGGUGGUGGGUUAGAGAAAGACGGCAUGCAUCACAUGGUCAACAAAACCCGCGGCAUCAUUACACUAUACCGCCACCAAAGGGCAGCAUUUGCAAUCACUAGUAAGAGGGGCCCAGCACCUAAAGCCCCAAAGACCCCCUCCACAGAGCUUCCUCCUGGCAGCACUAUCAGCACUGAUAAUGACGAGAGCAAAAAACCAUUUCUUAUUCAAAGAAGAGGGGCAGAGUUUUCCUUAACAACUGUUGCCAGGCACUUUGGUGUAGACCUCACCAAGUCUCUGCCGUACCUCUGGGAGAACACAGUGGGACCACUCAGGACAGCAGUGACUGCAAAUCAGUGCAUUGAUAGGCAGGUCCAGCUGGAGAGGGGAGACACUGCAGCCCAAGAACUGGUCAACUCUCUGCAAGUUCUGGAGGUCAUGGCUGGGGCCAUGGCUUCUGAACUCAAACCUUUGCUAUUGGAGCACCUAUCACAUCUGUUCACCUGCCUGCAGCACCCGUACACAGCGGUGCGUCACAUGGCAGCACGUUGUGUGGGUGUGCUCAGUAAGAUAGCCACGCUGGAGACCAUGAACAGUUUCCUUGAGUGUGUACUCCCCUGGUUAGCUGCUAUUGAUGACUGCACCAAACAGGAAGGUGCCAUCGAGGCUUUAGCCUGUGUGAUGGAGCAGCUGGAUGUGGACAUCAUACCCUACAUUGUGCUGCUGGUUGUACCAGUUCUGGGCCGUAUGAGCGACCCCAGUGAUAGUAUUCGUUUCAUGGCCACCCAGUGUUUUGCUACACUCAUCCGGCUGCUGCCACUAGAGGCGGGUAUACCAGACCCUCCAGCCAUGUCUGCUGACCUCAUCCGUCAGAAAGCCAGAGAACGCCACUUCCUGGAGCAACUGCUAGAUGGAAGAAAGUUGGAGAACUAUAAGAUCCCUGUGCCCAUUAAGGCUGAGCUCAGGAAGUACCAGCAGGAUGGAGUGAACUGGCUGUCCUUCCUGAACAAAUACAAGCUGCAUGGGAUCCUGUGUGACGACAUGGGACUCGGCAAGACGCUGCAAUCCAUCUGCAUUCUGGCAGGAGAUCACUACCUCAGGGCUCAGGAAUAUGCCAAGACGAAGGCUGCAGACUGCAGCCCCAUGCCCUCCCUGGUCGUAUGUCCCCCCACACUUACUGGACACUGGGUGGACGAAGUGGGCAAGUUCUGCAGUAAAGAAUACCUCAACCCGCUGCACUACACGGGGCCUCCUACAGAACGAAUGCGGUUGCAACACCAAGUGAAAAAACACAAUCUCAUAGUAGCCUCUUAUGAUGUUGUACGGAAUGACAUUGACUUUUUUAGAAAUAUCAAAUUCAAUUACUGUAUUCUUGACGAGGGUCAUGUCAUCAAGAAUGGGAAAACCAAACUUUCCAAAGCCAUUAAGCAGUUGGCUGCCAACUUCCGAGUCAUCUUGUCAGGAACACCCAUUCAGAACAACGUCCUGGAGCUCUGGUCAUUGUUUGACUUCCUCAUGCCGGGCUUCCUGGGAACAGAGCGGCAGUUUGCUGCUCGCUACGGUAAACCGAUCCUGGCUAGUCGUGACGCCAAAAGUUCCUCAAGGGAACAGGAGGCAGGUGUCCUGGCAAUGGAGGCCCUACAUCGGCAGGUGCUACCCUUCCUGCUGAGGAGGAUGAAGGAGGAUGUCCUCCAGGACCUUCCUCCUAAAAUCAUUCAGGACUAUUACUGCAACCUGAGUCCUCUACAGGUUCAGUUGUAUGAAGACUUUGCAAAGUCUCGAGCCAAGGCCAGUGUGGAGGACAGCAUCUCCAUUGCCUCUACAGAAGAGGAGGAAAAGCCCAAACUGAAGGCCACAGGCCAUGUCUUCCAGGCGCUGCAGUACCUGCGAAAGCUGUGUAACCACCCGAGCCUGGUGUUGACUGUGCAGCAUCCAGAGUACAAACGCAUCUCUGAGCAGCUGGCAAGUCAAAACUCCAGCCUACGGGACAUUCAGCAUGCGCCCAAACUCUCUGCUCUCAAACAGUUAUUGUUGGACUGUGGUCUUGGUGGAGGUGGAGGAUCGGAGGGGGGCACUGAGGCAGUGGUGGCCCAGCAUCGUGUGCUGAUUUUCUGUCAGCUGAAGAGUAUGCUGGACAUUGUGGAGCAUGACCUGCUGAAACCCAAACUGCCAACUGUCACUUACCUGAGGCUAGAUGGCAGCGUGCAGGCCGGCCUGCGCCACUCCAUCGUCUCCAGGUUUAACAAUGACCCAUCCAUUGACGUGCUACUGCUGACCACCCAUGUUGGUGGUCUGGGUCUGAACCUGACAGGAGCAGACACUGUGGUGUUUGUGGAACAUGACUGGAACCCCAUGAGGGAUCUGCAGGCCAUGGACAGAGCCCAUAGGAUAGGACAGAAACGGGUUGUGAACGUGUACAGGCUGAUCACACGAGGCACACUAGAGGAGAAGAUAAUGGGUCUGCAGAAAUUCAAGAUGAGCAUCGCCAACACGAUCAUCAGCCAAGAGAACACGAGUCUGCAAAGCAUGGGCACAGACCAGCUCCUCAACCUCUUCACCCUCGACAAGGACAAUAAGGGUGAGAAGGGUGAGCAGACGGCAUCGACCUCAGGGAAGGCCUCGAUGAAGUCGGUGCUGGACGGCCUGGGAGAGUUGUGGGACCAGCAGCAGUAUGACACAGAGUACAACCUGGACAGCUUCAUGCACUCCCUGCAGUAACACCCCUCGCUGCCUCCAUGUGCUGGCCAAGCAGGUCCUGGUCAGAGCCUGAGGAGACCCGCCCACUGCUGCAAUUAUCUGUCCCACUCCCAAGCCCACCCCCACACCAUUAAACAGGCUAACCAUAAGGAGUCACUCAUAGCUCUUAGUUACAGUACAUGUCCCAAAGCAAUAACUAAAAUAAGAACUAAAUCUAUAUUUUAGUGCUCCACAACCCACUGGUCUGCUGUAACAGUGUUGAAACAUUUCCUUCAGAUGUUUCUGAAUGUUGUCAGAAAUCUCAUAAUUCCUUGCUUAGAGCAACCGACCAGGUUGCCAACAAACGUUUUACAAAACCGCUAACAGAAUAUAAGGUAUAAUGAUGAUGAUGAUAUACCAUUAACGACACAUGUCUCCAGUGUUGGUGAACAGCAGCCUCACCACUGCACAGUGAUGUUACUCUGCUCUCAAGCAAACAGUGUAUCAUAAUUCUAGUUAUCCUUACAGCACACUGCCCUCCUCUGACGUUGCAUUGCCAAAGUAUACACCGCUUCAGACGCCAUUACCCAGUUGGACCUCCUUAUCUACCCCUCUACCCCCCCACCCCUCAUCACAGAGUCUUAAAAGCACUGCUGUACCCAGACACGCCUGUCAACACCUCUCUGACUGAUAGAUACAAACAUGUUUUUGUAUGACAAAGGGAACCAGGGCAAGAGUGCCAGGCUCACUGGAGAAACCACAGGAUGUCAUCAGUGUUCUGGCUUUUUAUAGCACACUGGUGACUGCUGAGCUCAGGAGCCGUUAGUGCUCAACAAAAUGACUCCCAGCCUCCAGGUGGCACUAGUUUUUACCAUCUUCAGGAGAAUCUACUCACAUGAGCUGUGGCCAUCGAGAGGCUUUGGUGGAGGAUUGGAUCUGUGUGGUGUCCAGUUGUAAAAAAAAAAA